AUGAGGCUUCUGUUAUUAAUUUGCAUAAUUUCUUCUUCCUCUGGCGCUACAAUCAAGAAACGACAGGUUGUCGUCAAUUCUGGGGUCAUCAUCAUCGUGCCGAACAAUGUCUAUCCGCCAGUCAUCCAAGUGAACACAUCGGUCCCUGCAGAUAAGAGCUCAACCCCUCCACCGAGCAGCACCACUCCUGAACCUCCCACUACUACGACCGGUUCGAGCACCACAACCGCUGAGCCUCCAACGACUGGCUCAAGCACUGCAACGAGCACAACGACUGCUGAGUCUCCGACAACUGCCUCGAGCACCACUGCUGAGCCUCCGACGACCACGUCGAGCACUACACCGGCUGAGCCUCCAACCACUGGCUCGAGCACGACAACUGCUGAGGCACCGACGACUUUCUCGAGCACGACAACUGCUGAGCCUCCAACCACUGGAUCGAGCACCACAACAGCUGAGCCUCCAACGACCGGAUCGAGCACCACCACUACUGCUGAGUCUCCAAACACCGGGUCGAGCACCUCAACAGCUGAGCCCCCAACGACCGGAUCGAGCACCACCACUACUGCUGAGCCUCCGAUCAUUGGAUCGAGCACCACUGCGGAGCCUCCGACGACCACGUCGAGCACUACAACGGCUGAGCCUCCAACCACUGGCUCGAGCACGACAACUGCUGAGCCACCGACGACUUUCUCGAGCACGACAACAGCUGAGCCUCCAACAACCGGAUCGAGCACCACAUCUGCUGAGCCACCAACGACCAGUACUACCACUGUCGAGCCUCCAACAACCGGGCCGAGCACCACUGCUGAACCUCCAACCACCGGAUCAAACACCACUGCUGCAUCUCCGACGACUACCACGAGCACUACAACCGCUCAGCCUCCUGCGAACGCGACGAGCACCACAACUGCUGAGCCUCCAACAACUACAUCGGGCACCACGACUUCUGAGCCUCCGGCCACUGGCUCGAGCAGUACAACGAUAACGACAACCGCGGAACCUAAAACAACCAGUACGACCCCUCUACCAACGCCAGACCCGGUCCCCGCCACCACAAAUGCACCGCCAAAACCCAAGGAUUGCGAGGCGAUUGAUAGAUGCGAGGAUUAUCCUGGUUACACCAACAUUAAUGGCGGAUGUUAUAAGGUGAUCGAAGUGCACGCUUCGUGGAAUCAAAGCCGGCAGCUAUGCCAAGAAGAUGCCGGUAGAUGCGCCGACCUGGGCGUCAUCCAAUGCGACGAGCAAAAUCAAGGAAUUUACGAGCUUGCGCUUGCGGCCACGAAAUCAGCGGAUGAAUCGGAACGUAAAAAAAGAGACACUACCUGGCUAAACCUGCACCUGUGGAUUGGCUACGAUCAGCACGGCCCGAACCAGUUCAUCAGCUUGCGGCACCUUGCUCAAAAUUACACCCAUUGGAUGCCGACAGAACCCAACAAUGAUCAAGAAAACGAGGGCUGUGCCCAGAUAGCUUAUGCGGGCCGCUGGAACGAUGUGAGAUGCGACCGACCGAUGUUGGCCGCGCUCUGUGAGAUACCAACGAAAGCGUCAAUCAACGGCUGUCAAUAUUCAGCAACACCUGCCCCGACUUCCCGUCUAACCGAAGAC